AUGCCGGCGUCAGGGGACGAAUAUGUUGCCGAUGGAACAGACGACGACCUGCCCAGAGCCUCCACCCGCGGCCGUUCUGCUGCUCGAAGGGCAAAUGCUCGCGAAUCUGCCCAGAGCUUUGAAGUAACCCGAACUUGGGACUUGCUCGUUGAAGGUGCCGAUGGAACCAUUACAGGCGCGGUUGAGGGUCUCCUUGAGGCGGGUAAGAGGAAAAGACUUCUCAAAGACACCACGCCCCUCCAGCGUGGUAUCAUCCGCCACCUAAUCCUCAUCCUCGACAUGUCCCUCUCUAUGAAUGAGAAGGACCUCCGUCCAACCCGCUACCUACUCACCCUGUCCUACACCGAAUCCUUCAUCCGCGAAUUCUUCGAACAAAACCCAAUUUCGCAGCUUGGGAUAAUAGGCAUGCGCGACGGUAUCGCUGUUAGGAUCAGUGAUAUGUCUGGUAACCCAACCUCUCACUUGGCUGCAAUACAGAAAUACCGUAAGGAAGAACCCAAAGGCAAUCCCUCCCUGGAAAAUGCGCUUGAGAUGGCAAGAGCAGGAUUAUUUCACGCACCCAGCCACGGGACCCGUGAGAUACUGCUGGUAUUUGGCGCUUUACAUACUUCGGAUCCGGGGGACAUUCACAACACGAUCAACAGUCUAGUUCAUGACAAGAUACGGGCUACGGUCAUUGGCCUCGCGGCGCAAGUUGCCAUCUGCGCCGAACUUGUCUCUAAGACAAACGAUGGUGACUUGUCCCCCUACGGCGUUGUAUUGCAUGAACAACACUUUCGAGAGUUAUAUAUGGCUGUGACAACUCCACCAAUUACCCACGACGGCGCCAACAAAACAGCCUCAUCGCUCUUGAUGAUGGGUUUCCCCUCCAGAACGGUAGAGGGGCACCCCUCAUUAUGUGCUUGUCACGCGACACCCAGAAGAGAUGGCUAUUUGUGCUCACGAUGCAGUGCCAAAGUAUGCAGUCUGCCGAGCGAAUGCCCCGUGUGCGGACUGACGCUAAUACUGAGCACCCAUUUGGCGAGGAGCUAUCACCAUUUAUUCCCCCUUGUGAAUUGGCUCGAAGUUCCUUGGUCAAAGGCUUACCGAAGUACUGCUUGUUUUGCUUGUUUGAAGCAUUUCCCCCCGGUUCCAAAGCCAAGUCAGUUGCCGACAUCAACCGCAAGGGAACAGCGACCGGGACACAGAUACGAAUGUCCUGUCUGCCGGAGGCAUUUCUGCAUUGACUGCGAUCUAUUUGCCCACGAGGUCGUGCAUAAUUGCCCUGGAUGCCAGAGUGCGAAGAUACAGACGAGCUUGAUGGGAGAGACGGAGAUGCCGGCUCCAGAUCGAGGUGAAGCUGACGGCGAGAGAAAUGGGACGCAACAGGCUGGGACGGAGGGUCAGGACUGGAACAGAAUGAAUGUUGAUUGA